AUGGCUGGCGCUGGUAAGACAUUUGUGGUGGAGCAUCUCGAUCCUGAACUCGAAGCCUGGUCCUCGUUGGAAUACUCGACCAUUGCUGCAGAGUCUCAUGCUGCAGGCGCCCAAUUUCUUCUGUCCUCGGUUCCUGCCUCUUUGAAGUUGCCAGCCAAUCUCCAGGCUAUCCAAGGCUUGACAGUCGAGACAAGAGGGAUUGAAGAGAUGUACGCCCACAAGAAAGACAAAGUAUGCCUGCUCGACCCCGCUGCCUCCAAGGACCUGAGCCCAGAGGAUGGUGACGAGUUUGAUAUUUUCCUCUUCGGUGGCAUUCUAGGCGAUGACCCACCUAGAGACCGAACCUCAGAGCUGCGCAAAAAGGGUUACCAUGGCCGUCGCCUGGGACCUGUACAGAUGACAACCGACACGGCUGUCCGUGUAACCAGAAUCGUCGUCCAAGACCGGGUGCCCGUUGACAAGAUUCCGUAUAUUGACAACCCCGACCUCAAGAUCAACAAGAAUGAGAGCACGCAGAUGCCCUUUCGCUAUGUACGGGGUGACAAUGGCCAGCCGAUCAUGCCCAAGGGCAUGGUCGAUCUCAUCAUCAAAGACUCAGAGAAGAGCCUCGACGACCUUUUGUAA